CUGUGAGAUAUUUUUUUCUUUCUUUCUGCACAUCUUGUUCGGCUCUUCCUUUCUUUGCAGAUACAGGAGAAGUUCAAGCUGCCGUUACCAUGCCUCACUUUCCGUCGUCACGACGCGGCGACCCAGAGCCGUCGCAGGGCCUCAACCACUCCUACUAUCACCCAGACGAGCCCCCAUUCUCGUCGUCUCGCCGUUCCAAGUCCGAGAGAGGCCGCCGAAAUGCCUCUCCUAGCUACUCGUCCUCCCCAGACGACCGCAAAUCCGGUCGCAGCAGCCGUCGCGAGCCGUCGCCCGGAUAUGCGAGCUCGAGGCCGUCCCGCAGCCGUCGGCAUUUGUAUCCGAGCCCGCCUCCCUUUGCGGCACCGACGCCUCCGCCCCAGCCCGACUAUCGCACCUCUGGCCGUGACCGUGACCGAGACCGAGACCGAGUCCGCGAUCGCGAUCGCGAUACCUACUCGCCGCGGGACUCACCGCGAGACUCACCGAGAGAUCCGUACAGAGAUUCUCAGAGGGACUCGCGCUACCGAGAUGCUGACCGACGCGCACGAGACUAUCCCCCUCCUCCGUCGGAGCCACGUGAGCGACGUCACAGGUCCUCCCGCCGCGAGCCGUCUCCAGAGCCCAGGGGCCCUUCCUCGCGGGCCUACCCGACGCCCCCGUACGACGACCGCAGCGACAGGGACCCUCGCUCGUCUCGUCGGUCCCGUGGGACAUCAGCGCCGUCGCCGCCGCCUCCGCAGUCGUCACGCUCUCGCGGCGCCGUAGCUCUUGACCGCGACGGUGCAAGGGACGAGCGCGACCGACGACAUCGCUCGAAGCCUCGCGAAACGGACCUCGUCCACGGCUCGAGUCGUGACCGCGACAGGACCCGCGACAGGGACCGCGACAGGGACCGUGACAGAGACCGCGACCGCACUCGGGACCAACACCGCACCCGGGAUCGCGAUCACAACCCGCCGCCGUCGCUCAAGCGCCGGAACACGAUGCCCGCAGGCGGCAGCAACCCCUGGUGGAAGAACCCCAUGAUCCAGGCCGGCGCGCGCACCGCAUUGGCCGCCGGUGCCCAGGCCGUCAUGCAGAACCGCAAGGAGGCCGGUCCCUGGCUGGGCGCAAAGGGGGCCAAGGUUGCGACGGCUGCCCUGACGGCUGCCUUGGCUGAUGGUUUGGCCAACGGUGGCAAGAAGAAGCGAUGAUGAUGAUGAUGAUGGUGAUGAUGACGACGGACAACUUGCCAUACCUAUGGUGUAAUUUGUCUCUCUUUCUUCGUACGACAUUAAUGACUGACGACAAUACGGCUAUUCUUAACCCCUGACUGAGCCUGUUCCUUUCUCAUGGUGGACGAAUUGCACACGGUUGUGUUCCUUUGCUGGAUCUUGUUUCUGCUUCUCUUCUUGCUCGUUUAGACAGGGGAAUGGAUGGCGUCGGAGGACGGCUCUCACCUACCUACCUACCUACCUACGUUGCCUCAACGGGCGGAACUGCAAAUCGAUCUUUGGCGUUGUUUUACUUUCAGCACCUACUUGUCUUGCUGUUUCUAUCCUUUUCUUUCUUAAUGAUUUGCACGAGAAUACGAUAGAUGGUGGCUCCGUGGUGCUCACAAUACAUAC